AUGGAACCGACCGAUAUAGAGUUUGGUGCUGCAAUGAAAGAGGGAUGUUUCCACUUUGAGGAGGGAUUUACCUUCGUGAAUCACGGGUCAUUUGGAGCUGUCCCUACAAAGAUCAGAGAAAAACAGAAACAGUUACAAGAUGUUCUUAACGAUAACCCAGGAGUGUUUUACCGACGAACCAGGAGAGAACUUUUCCCAAAAUCUAUAGAGGCUGCAGCCAAGUUUUUAGGAGCGGAUUCUUCAAAUUUAUUUCUUGUACAAAAUGCCACAACAGGAGUGAACACGGUCUUGAAAUCAUUCCCUUGGCAGAAAGGUGACGAGAUCUUGGCAUCAAUGCACACUUACAAAGCGGUCGAAAAUGCUUGUAGGAAAGUAGCCGAGUUUUCAACGGGAGGACACAUUCAUCAGUUUGAGAUACGCUUUCCCAUCAAGGACGAAUCAGAGGUUGUUGAUAGUAUGACGUCAUUUCUGGAUAAACAUCCCCGAAUCAAACUCGCUGUAUUAGAUCAUAUCACAAGCCCCACCGCUCUUGUGUUCCCUGUGAAGAAAAUGAUAGCAGAAUGCAGAAAACGUGGGGUUCUGGCUUUAAUUGAUGCUGCGCACGCACCAGGGCAACUUGAGAUAAACCUGGAACAACUUGAUCCCGACUUUUAUACGGGAAACUUCCAUAAGUGGAUGUUUACACCUCGAGGGUGCUCGAUUCUUUGGAUUCGUAAGGAGCACCAGAGCUGGUGUACUCCUCUUGUGACGUCACAUAUGUAUAAGAAGGGAAUUCAGUUGGAAUAUUGUUAUCAAGGGACACGUGAUGACAUCCCAUACUUCCUGAUACCAGAUUCUAUUAAGUUUUACCAAGACGUGGGCGGAAGGGACAAGAUCGUCCAAUACACAAAAUCCCUUCUCGACAAGGCCAGUAUGUUGAUAGCAGAGAGACUGAAAACAGAAGUACUACAGAUUCCCAAGUCUAUGGAAGCGCCCUGCAUGAGAAUUGUAGUAUUACCAGAGUAUGUGGGCUAUGAAAAGACCUGGGAAGGCUCAGAAAAGCUGUUUAAAGACAUUAUGAACAUAAACAAAGUCCACUGUACCAUUUUUCCGGUACACGACGAGCUUUAUCUGCGACUCUCUGCUAACAUUUACAACCAGAUGGCAGAUUACGAAAAAUUAGCGGAUGUUCUGUGCCAGUUUACCAGGAAAAGUUAAAGACUUUCUCAUUAAAGUCAUUAGUGAGCGCAUAUUUUAGAUUGGUAAUGGGAAAUGCUGCAUUAUACAUACAUAUCUUUAUACAUUGGUUAUUUUUAAUCUGUCUUUCUCAUGUUUGUGAUAAAAUAAAAACUGCAGUGGAAACUUGAUUUUACAAAACUUUGAUACUUGAAAUUGAGAAGUAUAUAUGUAAAUUAAGCAAACUAUAAAUACUUUAAAAACCAAUCUUCGCUCAACGUAUCUGUGGGUAACAGGAUACAAGGCAAGGAUCACGUUAUCUUACCAGGGGAGAUAAUGAUAAAAAUUAUAGUGAUAAUACAGUGUGUCUGAACCAAAAAAAAACCCCGAAACAAUAGCAAUGAAGAUUUAAGUUUCCUAUAAACAUUUGACAUCUUUGGCGGAGUAAUGGUUGUGCAUAAUAGGAAUAUGCAGCUUUCCAUAGGAGUAUGUAGAAGGAAGCAUUUCUCCCCACGACUAUGACGGUGUUUUUCACUAUUGCAAAACGGUCAUGCAAAUUUGACCUAAUAUACCAAGAAGUACAUGAAAGGCGAAGUUAAGGAACAGUGCUCAAUUUCAUAACUUUUAUAAAGAAUACAAAAGAGAUAGGUGGGCAAAGACGGACCCCUGGGUAUACCAGAGGUGGGAUAGGGUGCCUAGGAGGAAUAAACAUCUCCUGUAUACCGGUCACAAC